AGUUAUGGAGAACUAUCUGCCUAUCAACGCAAUAUCCGCCGUAAUUCUCGUAUCUGGAAAAAUUGAUUCCAAAGAACAAUGGACUGGCCCCAAAAUUCCAGUCGUCCUCUACCGCCAAGAUCCUCCUCCUGCAAACAUUCUUGACGAUGCAUACACAAGAGAAGGCGAUCCAGAUUAUACCGACUCUUAUCCGCCUUGCCCCAGUCCGUUGUCCGAUAUUCCAUCACCUGCAGGCCUAACGCUUCAUAUCUCCCUUGGAAAGCUCAUAUCCGAAGGUCGUACGGGAAUGAUCUAUGAGUGCGAAUGCGCCAUUCCACAUGGGAAUGAAAUGGGCUAUAAGAUCCCACCCAUGGUGAUUAAGAUUGCAAAGCAAUUUCGUACCAAAGAUAUAACGAAAGAGGCGGCAGCGUAUGAAUGCAUGACAUGCAUACAAGGCUCUGUGGUUCCACGAUGUUAUGGUUUCUUUCAAGCUCGUAUGUUUGAUUACUUUGAUUUCGGCCCAGUCUCCCUUCUUGUUUUGGAAAAACUAGGGGAUCUAUUCGAACUCGGAGAGCCACUUCCAAAUGGUGCAAUGACCGACAUGAAAGAUGCCUGCUCAGAUUUAACGAACUUACGCAUCAUCCAUGGUGAUUUGCGCUGGGCAAACAUGCUUUCUGUUCUGGAAGGUGGUCUUCCAAGUCUGCCAUCACCGUUUACUGGAAAGACCUAUGGCUGGAGGCUUAUAGAUUUUGAUCGUGCUGAGAGGACUACUCAAAACUUACCUUGUAUUCAAAGGUCAUAUGAUGAAUACUUGAACCGAGUAUUAGAAAGUAUUCCAUGGGGUGAUCCUGUUGAGCCAUGGGAUUGAACAAUUGCAUACUCUUUUCAGAAGAAUAAGUAUAUUUCAAAAACAUUUGGAUCCAGUGUCUCGAUUAUAUCCCCAUUCCAGAUUAUGAGGGAUUGAUUGUCAAUGUUGAUUAGAACCUUCGAGGUGUUGUUCUGGAAAAUGCAUCUACAGUCAAGAGAUAAUAACGGAUGUUGUAUGAGGAUAAUGAUAAUGUGCUUACUUUCUCAGGUAGGCCAAAUCAUGGGUCUCGGUGACAGAGUGAGUCUGAGGAUGGUGGGCCGAGAGGAGACUCCUCCUUGACAUCUUCUCGCUCAUAGAACCAAGGUCUCGACGAAAGCAUGCAUCAA